AUGGCAUCAUCUACUACAAAGAAGGUUUCUAAGAAAGACUUGAAGAGCAAAAAAAAGGCCGAGCAAGUGGUCUCAGCUCCAAGUGAGGACUCCAGUAGUUCUAGUGAAGAAUCUAGCACCUCUAGUGACGAGUCUAGUUCUUCUAGUGACGAUUCCAGUUCAUCUGGCGAAGAAUCUAACUCGUCUGGGGAAGAGUCUACUCCAUCAAGUGACUCAUCUGAUAGCGAAGCUUCAGAUAACGAGUCUUCAGACAGCGAUUCUGAUGGUGAUGCCAAGAAGGAUGUUGUGAAAAAGGUGUCUAGCAGCGACUCUUCCUCAUCUGAUGAAUCAUCUGCCUCUUCAGACAGUGAGUCAGAAGACCAAAGCUCCAAAGAAGCAUCUGCUGCAACCACUCCAUCUAAUGCUGAGGAUGAUUCAUCAUCAGACGAGGAAUCUUCAGAUGGAGAAGAAUCUGCUGAAGCUGACGCAACUUCUGAGAAGAAGCGUAAAGCGGAAUCCGAAGAGACAUCAGACAGCUCUGAACCUUCUAAGAAACAAAAGACAGAUGGUGAACCUGCAACUAUUUUUGUUGGUAGAUUAUCCUGGUCUGUUGACGACGAAUGGUUGAAGACUGAAUUUGACCACAUUGGUGGUGUUGUAAGUGCCAGGGUCAUCUACGAAAGAGGCUCAGAUAAAUCUAGAGGUUACGGUUAUGUUGACUUCGAGGACAAAUCAUAUGCUGAGAAGGCCGUUAAGGAAAUGCACGGCAAGGAAAUCGAUGGCAGACCCAUUAACUGUGACAUGUCUACAUCCAAGCCAGCUACUGCUCCAAGAGACGACCGUGCUAAGAAGUUUGGUGAUGUUCCUUCUCAACCAUCUGACACUUUAUUCUUGGGUAACCUCUCUUUCAAUGCUGAUCGCGACAGCAUCUUUGAGAUGUUCUCCGCCCAUGGUAAUGUUAUCAGUGUUAGAAUUCCAACUAACCCUGAAACCAGUCAGCCUAAGGGCUUCGGUUACGUUCAAUACGGUUCUAUUGAAGAAGCUCAAAAGGCAUUUGAAGCCUUACAAGGCGAGUACAUUGACAAUAGACCCGUCAGGCUAGAUUUCUCUACUCCAAGACCACCAAACCAGACCGGCAACCGUGGCGCUCCAAGAGGAGGACCAAGAGGCGGUUCUAGAGGCGGUACUAGAGGCGGUUUCGGAGGCCGUCCUCCAAGAGGUUCCGGUGCUAACACUGCUCCUUUGGGCAAAGCAAGGCAGUCUGCUUCAUUCCAAGGUACUAAGAAGACUUUCGACUAG